CAUUGCCAUUUCUUCCCUCUCUUCUUUACACCAUCAUCUAUUAUCCCAUUUCAACAAAUUCAAUUAAACUCUCAACCUUUUUUUUUUUUUUUUCUUUCAAAGAGAAAUAAAUUUAUCAAUUUCACAACAACAUAAUAAUGUCGUGGCAAACUUACGUCGAUGAUCACUUGAUGUGUCCCAUCGAAGAAACCGAAAACCACCUCACCGCCGCCGCUAUCGUCGGCUUGGACGGUAGCGUUUGGGCUCAAAGCUCCGCCUUCCCCCAGUUGAAGCAAGAAGAAGUGAAGGCAAUCUGCAAUGAAUUCGACGUACCAAAUACGUUGGCACCAACAGGUCUUUUCCUUGGAGGAGAAAAGUACAUGGUUAUUCAGGGUGAGCCUGGAGCUGUUAUUCGUGGAAAGAAGGGACCUGGUGGUGUGUGUAUUAAGAAGACUAACCAAGCCCUAGUGUUCGGAAUCUACAACGAGCCAGUGACUCCAGGACAAUGUAACAUGGUUGUGGAGAAGUUGGGCGACUACCUUAUCGAACAGGACAUCUAGGCUCAACACACUAUACAUUAUAUACAAGUACAUCAUAAGGAAUUAAAGUACUAUGGAGUUAGUAUUGUAUUGUUCUUUUGGGAUACAUACAUUUUGCCUUGUGUUUUUUUUUUUUUGUUUUUUUUUGGUUGUUAUUAUGGGAUUUAAGUGUGCAUACAUACCUUCCUCUGAUGUACUAAGAGUGGAGCAUUGAUGCAAAAAAUAACCGUGUGACAUACAUAGAGUGUGAAGUUAUAGGCCUUUGCUUAUCAUUUUUAUUUGUGUAUACCAUUGCCUAUGUGCAUGGUUUUUUUAAUUUAUUUGUUUGUGACAUUGGAUUCUUUUUGUUGAAUGUCAUGAAAGUUAUUUUUGGUGAGUGAAAAUCAAGCAGUCUUUUUAUUAA